UUUCAAGAUGAUUAUAGAGCUUGGGACAUUCCAAAAAGUCAUCUUUAUAAACCAGAACAAACUUAUCAUCCCCCUAUUGUGAAAUUUGGAAAUUCAACUACAUUUCAGGAUGACUAUGUUCCUCAAGAGAUAAAGCCUAGGCAAAGCUUUAAACCCUCCUCUGUGGUCAAACAUUCUACAAUCCCUUUUAAUGGUGAUACAAGUCAUCGCCUUGAUUAUAUACCUCAUCAGCUAGAAUUCAAGUUUGAAAGGCCAAAAGAAGUUUACAGACCAAGUGACCAAACUUUUGAAGAUCUCACGACUCACCGGAAUGAUUUUCAGGGUCUUUUUGGUGAAACUGCGAAAAUCUGCAGACCUGCAUAUACCAGAGUGACCCAAAAUCCUCAUUUUGAAGGAAGCACUGAAUUCCGUGAAAGUUUCCAACCAUGGGAAAUCCCACCAGCUGAAGUCAAGAAAGUACCAGAGUAUGCGCCCCCUACAGGCAGCAUGGAGUUAAACAGCACAAGCCAUCUCGACUAUGUUCCUCAUCAGGCCAACCGUGUCAAUCCCAUCAAGCCAGUUUCUCAUAGAAGAAAUAACAGUUUUCCUUUCCAGGGAAAAAGCACCAUGAAGGAAGAUUUUCCAGCCUGGGAAAGUUGUCGUCAAAGACUUAUUAAACAGCAGCAGCAGAUUCCUAACCCAUCUGGAAAAUUUGAAGGGUUGAGCACUUUCAGAUCUCACUAUGUGCCACAUGCACUGAUUCCAACAGAAAGUUGCAAACCUUUAAAUGCUGCUAUGAAGAGCUCUGUUCCAUUUGAUGAUGUAACUAUGUACUCUAUAGAGUAUACACCAAAGAAACAGGAAAUAUGUCCAGCCAGCUAUCCCUCUCCUCCAGGUUAUAUAUUUGAAAAUACAAAUUCUCAAGGUCAUAAAUUCUUCCGCAAGAUCAAUCCUGUAGUGAAGGUCUUCUGA